AUGGCCUUAGCUGUCGUCACCUCGGCCAGGAAACUGCGACCCUACUUUCAGUCGCACACGAUUGAAGUACUGUCCAACCAACCACUCCGAACAGUUAUGCAGAAUACUAACCAGUCAGGACGGUUGACUAAAUGGGCGAUGAAGCUGAGCGAACAUGACAUCGUGUACAAGAAUCGCACAGCAGCAAAGUCACAGGUCCUUGCCGACUUCUUGAUCGAGUUAACACCAGAGCUGGAGCAAGACCUCAUCCUACCAAGUUUAAACUGGAUCCUACACGUCGACGGUUCAUCCACGAGUAAAGCGUCGGGGGGAGGAGUGCAACUGCAAUCACCAACUGGAGAACUCAUCCGGCAGUCAUUCAGCUUUGGUUUUGCGGCGUCAAACAACGAAGCUGAGUACGAAUCCCUCAUCGCAGGGCUCCGUCUCGCCAAGGCAGUGAAAGCCAAAAGAAUCAGUGCUUACUGCGACUCUCAACUUGUCGUAAGCCAGUACCUCAGCGAUUACGACGUCCGCAACGAAAGGAUAGACGCCUACCUCAAACUCGUCCAAGACCUUAGGCGAGACUUCGAGUUCUUCGAACUCACGAAGGUUCCUCGCGGAGAAAAUGUCUGUGCCGACGCCCUCGCUGCUCUAGGAAGCAAGCUACACGAUCAAGUCAAGAGGACAAUCCCAAUCCAUAAGAUCGAGAAAUCGAGCAUCGAUACGAAGGCGGAACAGACUGCGAUCGCAGCAGCGAUUAGCGAAGCGAUGGAUAUCGACGAAGCAGAACCUCCUUCGCAGGAUGAUCAGCCAACAGAUUGGCGCAAGGAACUCAUCGAUUACCUCGCUGAAGGUUUAUUGCCCACCGAGAAAUGGGACGUGCGGCGACUGAAGCGACGUAGCGCACACUACGUUUUCAUGGACGGGGAACUACACCGAUGGACCGCGAUGAAGGUGCUACUCAAAUGUAUCUCCGGCGAAGAAACGAGACUAGUCAUGGCCGAAACACAUGAAGGAGCAGUAGGCAAUCACUCGGGCGGACGAGCUCUCGCAUUAAAAGUAAAGAAUCUCGGAUUCUACUGGCCAACCAUGAACGCCGACUGCGAGACAUACGUGCGCAAGUGCGACAAAUGCCAGCAUCAUGCUUCCACCUUACACAGCCCAACGGAGUUCCUUCAUACCCUAACUGCUCCAUACCCAUUCAUGCGAUGGGGAAUGGACAUCAUCGGUCCAAUGCCGGCAUCUCGCCAAAAGAAGUUCAUCCUGGUCCUCUUAGAUUACUUCACCAAAUGGGUUGAAGCCGAAGCCUACGCCAGCAUCACCGACAAGGAGGUGCAAAACUUCGUCUGGAAGAACAUAAUCUACCGACAUGGGCUCCCAUACGAGAUCAUUACAGAGAACGGUUCACAAUUCAUCUCCCAUCAUUUCAAGGGAUUCUGCGACAGAUGGCGAAUUCGACUCAACAUGUCGACCCCGAGAAACCCGCAAAGUAACGGCCAAGCCGAGUCGACGAACAAGACCAUCAUCGACGGUCUGAAGAAAUGA